CCGCGAAAAAAGUUCAACGACACUCGUGAGGUUAGGUUUAUCGUGCUAACGUAAGAACCUCGGCGAUAUUCAAAUGCAGAUCAUGAUAAGGUCUGUUUUUAAUCGAUGGUUAAUUCGUGGAUAGCAGUACGACGUGGAACGUCGGACCUAUUGGGCAUCCGAUGAUGCGGAUCAGCGAUUCCCACGCGAUUCAGCGUCAGUGAGCGUUCCUCGGUAUUUUAUCGCUGUCAACAACGUGAUUUCACCCGCAGUUCUUUAACGUUGGGAUCGUAUCGUUUAAUCGAGUACUCUUAUUGUCAGAGUGCAAAUGACGCGUUGCUCAUUAUUCUGACACGUAGCGGAGGGCUUCGAGUCUCCGGAACAAAGAAAUCUCUUCCGUCGUACGUAUCCGAAGCGUCGCCCGACGGCCUCCCCGUUCAUUCCACACGACAGACUCUUCUGUUCAGAGUUCGGAAGCUCCUACUUUUAUGUUUACUCCGUGUCAAUCAACGUCAAUAACUGGGUGUUAUUCAAGCAUAGUAUAAUCGUACGGUCGAAUCGCGCUCGCGCCACAACUACUCCACAUUGUUAACAAACGAACGACGAGAUGAGCCGCGGCUACAGUGCCAGUUCCAAAUUCAUCGUUUUGGCCUCUUGCCUGUUGUUAUUAACUCUGUCGAAUAUCGCGGAUGCUCGUAAUUACCGAGCUGUAGUUCUCAUCCACGGAGUGCUCACGGGAAGCGAUAGCAUGGAACUCAUCGGUAAGAGGAUCCAAGAGAUGCACCCGGGCACCCAGGUUUUCAACACACCGCGAUACGCGGGAUGGAGCAGCCUCGAGCCGAUGUGGCGACAGGUGGAAGAAAUCGGGGCCGACGUUAUAGCGAUAGGAGCCGCCUUUCCCGAGGGAAUAAAUUUGCUCGGUUACAGCCAGGGCGGCCUACUGGCCAGGGCGAUUCUUCAGAGAUUUCCGGAGCACAACGUCAGGAAUUUCAUAUCCCUCAGCUCGCCUCAGGCCGGACAGUUCGGAACUAAAUUCCUGCAUCUGUUCUUCCCCAACCUGGUCUGCGCUACCGCCUACGAAUUAUUUUACUCCAGAGUGGGCCAGCGAACCAGCGUUGGAAAUUAUUGGAACGACCCUCAUCAUCAGGGGCUCUACUACAACUACAGCAGAUUUCUUCCCUACAUAAACAACGAGAAAUCAUCCUCGUUGAACGAGGAGUUCAAACUAGGCAUAACAAAGUUACGCAGAAUGGUUUUGAUCGGUGGACCUAACGACGGGGUUAUCACGCCGUGGCAGAGUAGCCAAUUUGGAUAUUACGAUGCUAAUGAAACGGUGGUGGAAAUGAGAGGCAGAGAUAUUUAUAAAAACGAUACCAUCGGAUUGAAAACUCUCGACAAACACGGAAAACUCACGGUUCACGUCGUACCGGGAAUACCGCAUUUUGCCUGGCAUAAAAACGAGACCAUAGUAGAUCAAUUUAUACUACCGUAUCUCGAUUGACGGCUAGGAUUGAUUAAUAAAUGAAUUGUUUUAUUUU